CUUAUGCCCAACAAGCUAUUGAGCCGGCCUUGCCGGCAUGUUUCGAGUAUCGGACUUAUAUAGUUUACUCUUGUUUUCGAUUGUUCUAGGAACCAUAUCGGAUACAAAAUCUUGGUUCCUUUCAUUUUUUUGGGGAAGUAAUCGAGGAUUAAUUGUUCGUUUUCUUUUCCUGAACAGGACUGGAAUAUAUCUUCUGUUAUUUGGCGAAACGAAGCCAUGAAAGUUGGAGAUGCCGCUGCGGGAGCAGCGUUGGGAGAGAUAUUUAAUGGUUCGUGUAAAGUAAUUACGCAUGUAACAAAAAGAACCAUUCAGUUCCAAUCCUAUUUGGAAAGCCUCAAAUCUACGCUGUCUAGACUAGAGGUAUUGGUCGAAGAUAUUCGACAGUCACAUGAAGAGUUAGCUCGUUCCCCGGGAGGAGAAAUAAAGGGAUUGGUCGAGUUGGUGAAGAAGGGAGAGAAGCUUGUAAAUGAGUGCUCGAAGCUCAAGUGGUGGAAACAGAGCAUCAGAUUCGCUUACGCGGACAAACUCCGGAACCUGGACAAGGAACUUCUGGUGUUCUUUCAGAGGGACAUCAUGGCUCGGAUUAUGAGGGAUUUGUCGGAGACUAUGAAGUUGGUGAUUGAAAUUCGUGAGAGAGUGAAUCCUACCGAGAACAUAUUUUGGUGAGGAAAUUCCUGAGAGAAU